AGGUAUCAUUUCAAUUUGUGAAUCAAGGCAGUGCGCAGCAAAAAUUUAAUCGUCGAAAAAAAAAGUAAGUAAAAGUUUUUUAAAACUAAAAAGUAAGUAAAAGUUAGUAAAUGUUAAAUAAAAAUAACUUAAAAUCAAAUAAAAAAGCAAAAAAAAAAACAUAAAAAAAACAACCAAAUAUAUAAAUAAACAAAAACAAGCAAACAAAAAAAAAAAACUUCUUCUCAAUGGCAAAAAAAUAUGCCUUGAUUUGGUGGGUUAAAACCCAAGAGAAGGACGUUGUGGAUUUGGCAAUUAUUCCUAAAAAACAAAGGAUUAUUAACAAUAUAAUUAAACUCCCAUGGAAGGAUGGAAAAACCAAAAAACAAAUUUGCUUGGAAACGAAAAUUCUUAAAAUUUCAAGUGAUGAAAAGGAACUAAACAAAACAAUAGUUACUAACGAAGGAGAAUUGCAUGAUAUGAGGGAAAGAAUCAUGUCAUCAGAUAUAUUGAAUGAAGAAAAACAAAUAAGCCAAGGCCAAAAAAUCGGUAAAAAUGUAUCUCGUUCGCGUAAAAAUAAAUUAGAAGAACAAAUAAAAAAAACAAAAACGAUAUUGGAAACGCUAACCCAAGAAUCUGAACAACCAAAAAUAAACUUCCCAAAACAUACAACCGAAUCGCCAGCUUUUAAUUACUCAUCGCAAUACAUUCCAUCUGCCAAUCAUUCAACUUCAUAUCCGUCUUCUCGUUCACCAUACUUUCAAACAAAUUCAAAUUCUGCGCAGUCAACUACAGUGAACAUGACCGAAAAUGUUUCUCAACAUCAGUAUUCUGAAAAUCUACCGGCAGUUUCAAACCUUUUUCCAUACUCUCAAGCUUCAGUGGUCAUUCCUGAAUCUCAAGACGUACAACAAAUCAGCCAAGGUCAAAAAAGUGCGGAAGAUUUAUCUCGUUUUCGUAAAAGAAAACGAGAAUUAAAUCAACAAUCUGACGAACCCAAAAUAAAAUUUCCAAAACAUACAACCGAAUCGCCAGCUUUUAAUUACUCAUCGCAAUACAUUCCAUCUGCCAAUCAUUCAACUUCAUAUCCGUCUUCUCGUUCACCAUACUUUCAAACAAACUCAAAUUCUCCGCAUUCAACUACAGUGAACAUGACCGAAAAUGUUUCUCAACAUCAGUAUUCUGAAAAUCUACCGGCAGUUUCAAACCUUUUUCCAUACUCUCAAGCUUCAGUGGUCAUUCCUGAAUCUCAAGACCAUCAUAACAGCAGUUAUGCAACUACCAGUGACUCGGAAGAAGGGACAACAAUAACAUUACCAUUUAAAGUAACUAAAUCUUUUGUGGGAUUCAUUAAAACUUUACAUGACUGCUUCACUUCUGUUCUUCAAGAGAAUAAAGUGGAAGAAGAUGAUGCUUUAAGAGAGAUUGAAAGUUUUAAGAAAAAAUAAAUAAAAAUUCAACAUCACCUGUUACUGAAAGCGAAUAUAUUAAAUGUAUAAAUAAAGAGUGCGGAAAUAAACGCAAAUCAUGUACAAAUAAAAAUGACAAAAAAAACUAAAUUCCGCGUCAGUCUUUCAUUAUAUUGAAGAAAUUCCAAUGAAGGUAAACGAUUUUUGUGUGUAAAUAAAAAUCUUUUUUAAAGUGAGAUGAAUGUAAUUUUCUGUCUGGUUUCAAUAUUUUAAUAAAGAUUUA